GCCAUGCCACUAUUUACUGUUUCCAUUCCCUAUUUGUAAUAGUAUUUUCGAGUUAUGCAUGUUACUGUCAGAUUUAUGUGUUUAUGAGCGUUCACUCCUGUUCUCUAUAGUCGUUAAGUAGCAAUUCCGUUGAUGUAAGGAUCAAAGGAUCACAGACAUUCACCCUCCUGUGAUCUAGAACAAACCACCUCCUAAGAUCGAAGGAUCUCAUUGUGUAUAAAAAGGUGGUGAAUCCUCUUCAGACUCAGUUAGAACAUCAAGACUCCUUCGGAGCCCCGACGGACAGGAAGCAGGAAGCAGGAAGCAGGAAGCAGGAAGCUCUUCGUCUUUUUCUAUCUGCCGACACGAAGCUUCUGUUCCUCCGGUUCCAUCUAGUGGACAUGGACGGACACACUUGGUCCAGACUGCUGCUGCUCGCCGCCCUGCUGAGCUCCGCUGCGGCCAAGGGUGUCCCGAUGAACUUCGUGGUCGGCGAGCCACUGGUCCUGACGCCUCCCGUUUUCGGGCCCUUGAGCAGCAUUGUGUGGGAUCUGAAUGGAGACCUGGUGGCUGAGUGGGUCAAGUCCGACCUGGAACACUGCAGAUAUUCUAAAAGACACGCAAACCUGAACCUGGUGACAGGACAGCUGGUGAUCAAGAACACGACUGAAGCUCACGCAGGGCUUUAUAAAGCGGUGAUCAACGAGAUGCUUAUUCUGACUUACCAGACCCAAGUGAUCAAGAGAGUGUCCAAGCCCGAGCUGCAGAUGGGAACCCUGACCUGUUCUGGAGACCCCACCGGGGCCGGGCCCGUCACCUACAGCUGGAGGAAGGGAACUGGACCGUGGGGGCCGGAGCAGAAGAGCCCGGACACCAUCCUCCAGAACAAUAAGGAGGUCCAGGCUGUAAGAAUGAUCUCCUGUCGGAUGACAAACCCAGUCAGCGAGGAGGAGAGCGAGCCCCUCAAGAACCCGUUCUACAAGGAUCCACCUCCUGGUCAUGUAGUCGGGACGGUUCUUGGUGUCCUCUUCGGGAUCGGUGCUGUUGUUGGUGUUGCUGUUUGGAAGCGAGAAGCCAUCAAGGACUGGAUCCGUCCAAAUCCAGGAGGAGGUGAAGAUGUUCUUGCAGAGGUGAGGUCCAGUUCUCCUGCUGCUGCCAGCAAUGAGAAGUUCCCUCAGAUCCAGAUUCUCCAGACUCCAAACUUUCAAUCAAUCACCAACACCUAACUGUGUGUUGGAAAUGUUUUAAAGGGAAAAUGUGAAAUGGAGGAAGACGAGCGAGAGAGAGAAGUGGGAGAAAACUUAAGCGAAACAAGUUUACGUUAGUUUGACACUUAUGUUUGCGUAAAACUGUUUUGCCACGGCCAAGUUUUAAAAUCUGGAGUUCGUCAUGUUGGUCUGUAGGGAUUUCGUUUGCAGAAGUGAUCUCUAGUUUCGUGCCUUUCACUCUGAACUCCUGUCGUCUGUAUAAACACUGUGCAAAAUGCAAUACUGUGAAGACCUGGAAUCAUUUUCAUGUUCUGUGUGGAAGAUUAAACAUCACGUGACACCAA